AAGUCCAACCUUAUGCGCGUUUAAUACUUCAACAGAGAAAAAAAACCAAUUUCGAGGAACCUCUCUGACCAUCAUUUCACGAUGACAAUUUGUCUAUUCCUAUGUUAAAUGCCCUGUCCUAAUGGUAACCGAGUACUAUAUAUACCAGGUUGCUCUUCUAAGCUUUCCUCAAUUCAGUUUAAACAUCAACAAAAGUGAUAAAGAUAAUAUUUUCUUUUGAUCAGUUUCAUAGCUAAUAAAGAAAAAUGGCUGAGAAAGACCAGCAAGUGCAUCCCCUAGCACCAGCUAACAAGCAGCCGAGGAGUGAUGAAGAAUCAGCCGGGUUACAAGCGAAAGAGCUGAAAAGAAAGAAGAGAAUCAAAUAUGCUGUGUAUAUUGCGGCUUUUGCAGUGUUCCAAACCGCUAUCAUCCUGGUUUUUGCACUGACAGUCAUGCGCGUUAAGAACCCAAAGGUGAGAAUUGGAAGAAUCACCAUUGAGACAAUGGAAACCAAUAACACCGGAGCUGCUGCUGCUGCUUCAUUUGAUCUCAAGUUCAUUGCCCAAGUUACGGUAAAAAACACCAAUUUUGGUCAUUACAGAUUUGAUCACAGUACUAUGAGUUUUCUGUAUGAUGGUGUAAUAGUAGGAGAGGCAAUUAUUCCCAAGGCCAGGGCCAGAGCUCGUUCUACCAAAAAAUUGGAUGUUACUGUGGAAGUGAACUCCAGAGCAUUGACAAACACCGCACCACUUGGCUCAGAAUUGAGUUCCAAUAUAUUGACAUUGAAUAGCCAGGCCAAAUUGAAAGGAAAAGUGGAAUUGAUGAAAGUGAUAAAGAGAAACAAAUCCCCAGAGAUGAACUGUACCCUCACAUUCAAUGUUUCAACAAGGAAUCUCCAAGAUCUAAACUGCAAGUGAUGGCAUAAUAAUUAAGCUUGGUACCGGUUUUCAAAUUUUUUGGGUUUAAUUUUUAGUACUUACUAUACACUUGAUUAUCUUCAUAGCUUAAUAUAUGUAUACCUGUAUCUUCUUAUACGGAGAGUCAUUAUUCAUUUUAUUCGUUAUUUUUUAAUUUGAUUUCAUUUUUUGUAUUUUGCCGACUAUAUUUGGUUCUUGCAGCUGGCCUUCUUCUUUAAAAUUUAUGAUUCUUAUGUGUAUUCUAUUGUUAGAAGUUUAAAUCUUAUGAAAUUCAUAAUUUUUAAAAAUCUAACCAGCAUAGUAUGCAAAUCAUCUGAAUUAAUGCUCCGUAAGCAGAAAGCAGUGUCGAUUUGACAAAAAUCUAAAUCAAUUAAUUAA